AGAUAAAUGAUGUUCAUUUUGUAAACAAAGAUUAAAAAACCGGUUGUUUACAAUAAUUUUCAUUAAAAAUGACCAAUACAACAAUGAAUAAUAGUGCUAAUGCUUCUAAAGAAGAGGAUCCAGAUUCUAGAAACUUAAUCAAAAGUAGGGAAUUUAUGUACAAACUUAUAAUCAGCCAACUCUUCUACGAUGGCCAUCAAAGCAUAGGAACGAGUCUCCAACAGGCAGUACAAGCCGAACCAAAUAGUGCUCCGAGCGACAGGCUUUUUCAUCUAGUCUUGGCAGGCCUCGAGCAUGAACCAGAUCGCAAAGAACGAGGACAUCAUGUUGGAAUUGGCAAUAAUCAGAUUGGUCCUGGAUUGGAUCUGGAAUUUGAAACGGAAUCUAACAUUCCCGCCCCAGAACCGGCAUUGUACGAAACUGCUUAUGUAACGUCCCACAAAGGAAACUGUAGAGCAGGCUGUUUCUCAUCGGAUGGACAGCUAAUAGCAACGGGCAGUGUAGAUGCCAGUAUUAAAAUCCUUGACGUGGACAGGAUGUUGGCUAAAUCAGCCCCUGAUGAAAUGGAUCCAUCUAGAGGAGAGCAGCAAGGUCAUCCUGUAAUUAGGACUUUAUAUGACCAUAUGGAGGAAGUAACUUGCUUAGAGUUUCACCCGAAAGAACCCGUGCUGUGUUCAGGAUCUAAGGACAAUUCUAUAAAGUUGUUUGACAUAUCGAAAGCGAGCGUGAAAAAGGCGUUUAAAACUAUAACAGAAUCCGAACCGAUAAAAGCAAUGUCUUUCCAUCCUGGUGGUGACCACUUGAUAGUUGCUACAAACCACCCAGUUGUUCGGCUCUACGACAUGAACACCCUUCAGUGUUUCGUUUGUGCUUUCCCGAAUCAUCAGCACACCCAAUCCGUCACAAACUUGAAAUGGUCCAAGGAUGCAAAAUUAUUUGCCACCUGCAGUAGAGACGGUAACAUUAAGUUGUGGGAUGGAGUGUCUAAUCGUUGCAUAAAUACGUUUAUCAAAGCACACGACGGUUUGGAAGUGUGUUCUGUCGAAUUUUCUAGAAAUGGGAAGUAUCUGUUAUCAGCUGGAAAAAAUUCAAUUUGCAAAUUGUGGGAGUUGACAACCAGUCGCUGUUUAAUUGCGUAUACAGGAGCUGGCACAACGGGGAAACAAGAAUAUGAAGCGCAAGCUGUGUUCAAUCACACUGAAGACUAUGUGUUAUUCCCUGACGAAGCAACCACUUCUUUAUGUGCAUGGAACUCUAGGAAUGCCUCCAGAAAACAAUUAAUGUCUUUAGGGCAUAAUGGAGCAGUGAGACUCAUCGCUCAUUCUCCGACACAAGCGGCAUUUUUGACGUGCUCUGAUGACUUCCGUGCCAGAUUUUGGUACCGAAGGACGCCUACUUUAUAAUUAUGACAUUUAGAUUUUAAGUUUCUGCUAACAUUUACGGAUUUAAAUUGCUCUAUGAUCCAGUAUUUGUAAAAAUAUUUAAAAUUACACUUGUUUG